AUGGCUGAUACGAACGUUGAUGUUCUCGUCAUUGGCAUGGGCCCAACUGGUCUGGGUGCCGCCAAGCGUCUGAACCACAUUAAUGGCCCCUCGUGGUUGAUCAUUGACUCAGACGAGAAGGCUGGAGGUCUUGCCUCCACUGAUGUUACACCUGAGGGUUUCCUGUACGAUGUCGGCGGCCAUGUCAUCUUCUCCCACUACAAGUACUUCGACGACUGCCUCGACGAGGCGCUCCCGAAGGAGGAUGAUUGGUUCAACCACCAACGUAUCUCCUAUGUUCGCUACAAGGGCCUCUGGGUGCCGUACCCUUUCCAGAACAACCUCUCCGUGCUGGACAAGGAGGACCAGGUGACUUGCAUCAACGGCUUGAUCGAUGCCACUCUAGAGGCCCGAGUCGCAAGCACAAAGCCGAAGAACUUCGAUGAGUGGAUUCUGCGCACGAGCGGCGAGGGUAUUGCCAACAUCUUCAUGCGUCCAUACAACUAUAAGGUCUGGGCUGUGCCUACAACCAAGAUGCAAUGUGAGUGGCUAGGCGAGCGUGUUGCUGCUCCCAACCUAAAGGCCAACAUCCAGAACGUCAUUCUGAACAAGACUGCUGGUGGAUGGGGCCCUAACGCUACCUUCCGUUUCCCUGCCCGUGAUGGUACUGGUGGUAUCUGGAUUGCUGUCGCCAACACUCUGCCCAAGGAGAAGAAGCGCUUCGGCAAGAAGGGCGAGGUCACCAAGGUGGAUGCCCAGAAGAAGGUUGUCACUCUGGCUGACGGAAGCACCAUCGGAUACGGCAAGCUCAUCUCCACCAUGAACCUUGACCAGCUUGUUGAGAAGAUGGGCAACCAGGAGCUGGUUAGCCUCUCCAAGGAGCUGUUCUUCUCUUCAACCCACGUCAUUGGUGUUGGUCUGCGUGGUGCUAGACCUGACCGGAUUGGCGACAAGUGCUGGCUGUACUUCCCUGAGGAUAACUGCCCGUUCUACCGAGCAACUAUCUUCUCCAACUACUCGCCUUAUAACCAACCUGAAGACAGCGUCAAGCUGCCUACCAUUCAGUUGGGCAACGGCAGCAAGCCCAGCUCGACCGAGGCCAAGGAGGGCCCAUACUGGUCAAUCAUGCUUGAGGUGUCUCAGUCUACUCUGAAGCCUGUCGAUGAAGAGAACCUCCUCAAGGACUGUAUCCAGGGUCUCAUUAACACCGAGAUGAUCCUGCCAGAGGACGAGAUUGUCUCGACCUACCACCGCAAGUUCUACCACGGUUACCCUACUCCUUCACUAGAGCGUGAAGGUGCUCUUAAGCAGAUUCUGCCCAAGCUGCAGGACCUGGAUAUCUACUCCCGUGGUCGCUUCGGCAGCUGGAGAUACGAGGUUGGCAACCAGGACCACUCCUUCAUGUUGGGUGUGGAAGCCGCGGACCACAUUGUCAACGGCGCCGUCGAGCUGACGCUGAACUACCCCGACUUCGUCAACACUCGCUCGAACAGCGAGCGUCGUCUAGCGCAAUCCUUUGGCUUCUCCAAGGCCCUCGCGCCCGCAGAGAAGGUCAUCGUUCCCGACUCGAACGGUGUCCCCACGCGAGAGCGCGCUUCUUCCAAGGUCUCCGGCAGCACCCACUCCCGGAAGUCUUCCAAGCAGGUUAAAUAA